AUGACAGAACUUUACUUAGGAGAGAACUCUGAACCUUCAUUUAUUCAGGAUAAGGAACUCCGUCACUUAAUCCUCAAGACAGCAGAAGGCUUCCUGUUUGUGGUUGGAUGCAAAAGAGGGAGAAUUAUUUUCAUUUCUAAGUCAGUCUUCAAGACUCUGCAUUAUGAUCAGGCUAGCUUGAUCAGACAGAAUCUGUUUGACUUCUUACACCCAAAAGAUGUCACCAAAGUAAAGGAACAACUUUCUUGUGAUGGUUCACUAAGAGAGAAACCCAUAGACACCAAAACCUCUCCUCAGGUUUACAGUCACCCCCACACUGGGCGACGAUCUUUCCUCUUUAGAAUGAAGAGCUGUACAACCCCCAUCAAAGAGCCCCGAGGCUUGUCCUGCUCAAGGAAGAAAGACCGUAGAAAAUUCCACACCGUCCAUCGCACUGGAUGCGUGAGAAGCUGGCCUCCGAACGUGGUUGGCAUGGAGGAGGAGACGGGCGGUGGGAAAGACAGCGGUCCUCGUACCUGCCUUGUGGCUCUGCGACGGUUACAUCCAUAUGUCGUCCCUCAGAAGAGUGGCAAGAUCAGCACGAGACCAGCUGAGUUCAUAACCCGCUUCUUCGCGGUGAAUGGGAAAUUCGUCGUUGACCAAAGGGCAACAGCAAUUUUAGGAUACCUGCCUCAGGAGCUUUUGGGGACUUCAUGUUGUGAAUACUUUCAUCAGGAUGACCAUAGUAGUUUGACUGACAAGCACAAAGCAGUUCUGCAGAGUAAGGAGAGAAUACUCACGGUCUACAGAUUCCGAGUGACACUGGAGAGCAAGUGGUUCAGCUUCACCAACCCUUGGACCAAAGAGCCGUUGUUCAUCGUCUCUGUCAACACGCUGGUUUCGGGGCGCAGCGAGACCAGGUUACCUUUGCUUCAGUGUGGCAGCAGCCAGUCCUCAGAAGGUUUUCUCUUGUGCUGUUGCCUAGACUCACUUAGACAAUCCUGCAUCAGCGUGCCCGGCAUUUCCAUGAGGACCAUUCUUGGUGCUGGGAACAUUGGAACAGAUACUGCAAAUGAAGUUCUGAGUUUACAGAGGUCACGCUCUUCAUCUCUAGAAGAUGCAAACCCUUCAGAAGUCGUGAGAGAUAACCACGGUGUAAACUGUGGGAACAUCCACGUGCCCGCGUCCACCAGGCAGCUCUUUGCAGGGAGUCCUUCUGAAACAGAGGGUCUGGAGGCUGCUGGGCAACACCGGAGCACUGAACCUGCCCACCCCCACGGGCCACUCCUCAGUGACAGUGCCCAGCUGGGCUUUGAUGCCCCCUGUGACAGCAACACCGGCACAGCCAUGUCUGCAUUCAUGAAUUACCUGGAAGCAGAGGGGGGCCUGGGUGAACCCGGGGACUUCAGUGACAUCCAGUGGACGCUCUAG